AUGAAUCAGUGAAUGGGGUUAUUCUGACGACAGGCAAUGAAGCUGGUUAUCUGACUCCCGAAUAUUUUAUUAAUGUUACUGAUGUUAAAACAGGCAUGCAAUUGAUGUAACAAUGGAAGACAACCAAAAUGCAGAAUCAUCUAUUGUGCCCAACAAAGUUCAUGUUACAGGAUUUCCUAUGUACACUCAGCCACAGGACUUGGAGAGGGUAUUUUCAGAAUAUGGUGAAGUAAAAGUCGAUAAAAUAACCAAACGCUACGCCACACUAGAAUUUAAUAAAGUUGAAGGGGCUAAAGCUGCCAUCAAACAUUCCAAGAAAGUGGCUGUGUAUGGAGAAUUGAUUUAUGUGAGACCUUACUACACCAAACCAAUUGCCAAUACACAAAAAAAAGAAAAACCGCAAAUUGAUAAAGGAAGGAAAAUAUUGAGUCCACACGAAAUAUUAUUGUCAGGGGAAUUUGAUGAACAAUUGGAAAACAUUAUGAUGGCUAUUCGGCUCACACAAGAAGAGGUUAAGCAAAUAUCUGAGCUCUACUCAGACCUGGAACGGGUUCUACAGGUCGCCUGGCCCGGCUGCAAAGCGAUCCCCUUCGGCUCCAUAACCACGGGCCUCGGCGUCAAGUGCAGCGACGCCGACUGCUUCAUAAGCAUCCCCCAGAAGCUGCAGCACGCCAACAACAACUACAUCAUGAAGGCCCGGAGGGUGCUUCUGGCGAACAAGCAGCUGUUCUCCGACAUCGUGCCCAUCCCGCAAGCUAAGAUUCCUAUUGUAAAAUUUUACCACAUCCCAACACAACGGCAAUGUGAUGUCAGUUUCAACUCUCCACAAUCUAUUGAAAAUAGCAAAUUACUAGCUUAUUUCGUGCAGCUGGACUACAGAGUGAAGUCACUCGCUAUUCUGAUCAAAUACUGGUCGAAACUGCAUGGGCUCACUGGCACAAAUUUAAUGCCCAACUAUGCAAUGAUUUUACUAGUAGUAUUUUAUUUACAGCAAAAAUCCAUUUUACCACCCGUGCACAGCCUACAGAGUAAUGAAUUUAUUCUUGACAACUGGAAUGUAGCCUUUGAUGAUGUAAGGUUUGCUAGUGGCAACACUGAUACUCUGUAUGUGCUCCUCGGUGGAUUCUUUUUAUACUAUAAGGAUUUCAACUAUGAUAAAUUUAUUAUUAGUCUGUAUUUAGGCAAACCAAUCAGUAAGGAAUCCUUUUCUACAGUAGGGAAUGAGCCACCCGAGUACAGAUUGUAUAAAGAAAAUUUACAAAACAAUAAGUGUAAGCCGUUGCGAACGGAUAGUCUAAUUUGUUUACAGGAUCCUUUUGAUCAUAGCAGAAAUUGUACUGUGGCGGUCUACGCCAGAUUAGCUAACAAAUUGUUUUCAUACAUAAGCCUUGGCGCAACGGCUUAUGAAAUUGAGGAAAGUGAUACCUUCCUUCGCGCUAUUUUGUCGAUGAGCGUACAAGAGAAUCCCGUCGUAACUAAAAAAGUAGGCCCUCGAUGCAUCGCCAAAAAUAAACCUGCAAACAAAAAAAAGAAAGCAUUCUUUCACGAGGCGUUUCUUCGUGCGCGACAAAAAAGUAGAAAAAAACAUCCGUGAAUUUUUAAAUAUCUUGAUUGGGAUAUGUUAAUCGCAUGUUUAUAUUUUCUAAUAAAAUUUUUAUCUUUAUAAAAAUACUGAAUCUUAAUAUUUAAGUCGUUUUGUUGAAUUUAAUCUAUGUUUCACGUUCAUACGUCACUACAGAUAGACAGUAGAGGUCAAAAUCACCAUACAACUGACAAAAUGUAGACACUGACUGGCUCCAGUAAACCAAUAGAAUACAAUGCAAGUUAAACUAGCGCGACUGUACUGUACUGGCAUAAUAUGACCAGGCAUAACUGACUAUUUUGUAUAUCUGAAAUUAUGUGUAUUGCUAAAAUACGUUAUUCUGUUUUAAAAUAACUUUAACUGUAGGCAAAUAAGACCUGUGAAUUUUAUAGUGAGAAUAAGUAUAUAAUUGUAAGAAACAUGUCAUUUUUUAACAAUAAAGAAUAA